AUGAACUGGAUUACUGUAGCUACCGUACUCAUUGCCGUGAACUUUGGCCUUUGUGGAAAUUCGAUUGAUCCGCACUUUAUGAAAUGGAUGAAGAAGAAUCUGAAACCGGAAGAGGUGAAGAAGGUUGUGAGGGACGAGCUCACCACGGGAAGUUUCGGAGGAGGCCGCAUCGGACACUCCACGUAAGUCUGCUUUCCUCCAACUCUCCAAUUGAGCGAUUGUCUUUAGUGACCGCCCAGUCGUCUUUGUGCACGGUCUGAACAAUGAAGCCGGAAGUCUCUGGAAGAUCGCCCGCGACAUGGCGGCUGCUGGGUUUUCAGUGAAGAAUAUGUUCGCCACGUCAUGGGGAAGAGGAGUGGAGUCGGCGAACUUGAACGUGAAAAUGAGUUGUGAUCAUGUUCUUCAUGUAAGAAUCACUUGAACACGUGCAAUCUUUUUCCUUUUUCCUUCCAGAUUCGCCGUUUCAUCCAGAUCGUUCUGUGGUAUACCGGAGCCGAUCAGAUCGACGUCAUCGGAUACUCGAUGGGAGCUCCACUCGCCAGAAAAGCGAUCCUCGGAGGAAAGUGCGUUGAUAACCAAAAGGUGGACAUGGGACCGCCGCUAACUGCCAAGAUCCACACGUUCAUUUCCGUGGCCGGAGCCAAUCAAGGAUCGCAGCUGUGUUUCCUUCCGUUCUUCGACAUCUGCAACAUGGACACCGGGCUUAACUGCGUCUCAAAGUUUCUGAAGGAUAUCAACUCGCACCAAAAGUUCGAAUCCACGUACAAGAGCUUCAAUUUGGCUUCGACCGGGGACUUCGUCGUCGGAUAUACGGCUUGCGGAAAGAAGGCGUCAGAGUUCUCAGGAGCACACGAAUGGAAACUUAAGGGAAUGGAUCACGAACAGACUGAAUUCGAUACUGCGGCGAUUCAAUUGAAAAUGUUGAGAGAAACCACACCUGGUACAUCGAGAAGGUGAGUGGAACCGAAUCGAAAGUAAGGUAGCACGAUAAUACUGUUUCAGAAGAUCUCCAGCGAAGAAAAAUUCAUUCAGUGAGGUCAAGAGAUACUUGAAAUCACCGAGAAGUGCACCAGCUAAGAGAAGAUGA